CAUUCUAUUGCUGCCUUUGGGAGAUAAUUUAAUCAUCAGCAAUGGCUCAAAGACUUACCUACAGACGUCGUCUCUCUUACAACACUCGUUCUAACCGUGUUAGAGCUGUCAAGACUCCCGGUGGUAACCUUGUCUACCAAUACGAAAAGAAGCCUGUCAAGGCUCCUCGUUGUGGUGACUGUGGUGAAACUCUCGCUGGUAUCAAGGCUCUUCGUGCCCGUGAAUUCGCCACUGUCUCUAAGACCAACAAGCACGUCAGCCGUGCCUACGGUGGCUCCCGUUGUGCCCACUGUGUCAGAAAUCGUAUUGUCCGUGCUUUUUUGAUCGAAGAACAAAAGAUCGUCAAGAAGGUCCUCAAGGCUCAAAAAUAAAUUUCAUUGAAAUAAAUUGAUCUCUUUGCACAGUUACACAGCAUAAACCAGAAGGACAUGAGAGAAGAGAUGCGUUUGAGUAAGCCAAUGAAAAUUUAUUCUGUCAUCAUUUUCGUGUUUUUUUUUCGUUUUUUAUUUAUUUAUUUCAUGGACAAAAAGAAUCUCAAGCACAUUUCUCUAUUGACACUCGUCAUACAGAACAGUGCACUCAUCUUGACGAUGCGA